AUUUUGAGUUUUGUGCUGUAAAAAUGGACACAUCGAACAACGUACGCCUGCAACUUCAGCAGCAGCAGGCACGCAAAUCGAAUCAAAACAUUCAGGUCUAUGUGCGCGUUAGGCCGCUGAAUGCACGCAAGCGAUGCAUACGCUCCGCAGAGGUUGUGGAUGUGCUCAAUCCACGCGAGAUCCUCACACGCCACACCCUCGACUCGAAGUUGACGAAGAAGUUUACGUUUGAUCGGAGCUUCGGCCCCGAGUCCAAGCAAUGCGAUGUCUAUGCGGUGGUGGUGUCGCCCCUGAUCGAAGAGGUGCUAAGCGGCUACAAUUGCACGGUGUUCGCGUACGGACAGACGGGUACUGAACAGAACAGAACAGAAAUAAGGUUAAAACUGGCACAGGGAGAGCUUUUGGUCGUGGCUCACCCAAUUCCUGGCUCAGAUGCUGCUUGGAGAUUGCUGCUCCAGAUUGUCCUGCAUGCGAUACUUGAACUGAUCGCAGGCACUGCGUAUCUUUUCAUCGGUGUCCCUUCGCCGUUCGAUGGUGCCAUGAAGCUGCUCCGUUUCAUUGGUGGCCAAAUCUGCCACGGUCAGGAUUUUGUGCGCCUGCGUCGUGAGCGUCUCCUCCGUUUUCAUGUGCGAGGCCACCAGCUUCUCCUUGUAGUAGAC